ACACUGCUAUGCUGAAAUAAUGAGACCCGUUGGAUGUGUUGGGUGGUGUUUGGCUGUCUGUUUGUGUUUGUGCGCGCAUGUGCCACCGUGAACGUAUAUUUGCACGCAUGCGCACUGCAGACUCGGGCCCCAGUCUCCGUCUGCUACAGUAAAGCGUACGGGUUUGUGCCAAAGAAAAUCGCUGUAGUAAACAGAUUUACUGAGGAUUAUACCAACUGACCGUUUAAAAAAAAUGGCGAGGUACCUGAGGCCGCCUAACACGUCUCUCUUCGUUAGAAACAUCGCCGACGACUCCAGGCCAGAGGAUUUACGACGUGAGUUUGGUCGUUAUGGGCCUAUAGUAGACGUCUACAUUCCGCUUGACUUCUAUACACGACGGGCCAGAGGAUUUGCUUACAUUCAGUUUGAAGAUGUGCGCGACGCGGAGGACGCUCUUCACAACCUGGACCAUAAAUGGGUUUGCGGGCGUCAGAUCGAGAUCCAGUUCGCCCAGGGGGACCGAAAGACUCCUAACCAGAUGAAGACCAAGGAGCACAAUUCCCCGCGCAGUUCCUCCCGUCACGACGACGAGCGGGACGGCCGCCGCAGACGCUCCAGGAGCCGCAGCCACGAGCGCCGCAGGUCACGCAGCCCCUCCUACGAGCGCCGGCCGCGGCGGUCCGAAAGCCCCAGAGAGUCUAGGUCCUACAGUCGACACAGACGGAGCAGGAGCCCCGAAAACGAGAAGUACAGAGGUCCUCCUCGGGACCACCACCAGCACCACCACAGGGCCCACCGCGAGCCGGGCCCUCGGAGCCACUCGGCGUCCCGCUCCCCUUCGCCCUCCUCCAGGCCCCCGCCCAAAGGUAAAAAGAGCCAGUCCAGGUCCCACACCCCCGGGGAGGAGUACCAGCCCAACACGGGUCCCCCGAAGCAGCCCGUGGGACGAUCCCCGUCCCGCUCCUUCUCCAGGUCCCCGUCCCGCUCGCGCUCCAGGUCCAGGUCUUGGGCCGGACGAAAGUCCGGGGGCCACUGAGCGGCCCGGUGGUCUGACCCCAACGAGUGUUAAGACUGUAGCGUGUUUGCAUUUGUUUAUCGGUUAAUGGAGUCCGUUUCCAUAGGGGGGGGGGGGGGGGGGGGGCGGCGAGAGCGGAGAUAUUAGUUUCAAAGGGAUUUUGGGAGCACGGUUGAUACCUGAUAAGUUGUUCUUUGGGACUUGUGUAACAUCAGUGGCUGCAGGAGGAAAAAUGUUGUUUUGGCGUUGCUCAUAUUAUUUUUGUAAUUUCGUUCAUGUAAAUGAAUGACUGUCUCAGUUUGGCUUUUUCAACAGAACAUGAAUAAAAAUGUUUUACUUCAGCCCAUAAUCAGUAUUUAACAACUAUGCUGUAAACUGGUAUCACAGUUAGACGAUAUGUUGUCCAGUAGGUUAUGUGACAAUGUUUAAGAUGAAUUGUAUUCAUUUAUGUUCUUUGUUGAAUAUCAAGUAUUCCUUAGGACUAUUGUCCGAGUUUGCUUUUAAAAUAAAGUUCUUUUUUUAAACGUG